AGUUAGUUUAUCCACUCACCCUUUCUGUGGCCAUGCAAACCCCUUCACUCUCUCCCUCGCCUAUUCUCUCCUCUCGCCAUGUCCACAGCUUUCCACCCUAAUUACCAUUUCAUCCCUGCCCCUACCCCUGCUCUCCGCGGCCGCAGCCGCCGCCUCAAUCUCCCAUCGCCACGCCCAAUUCUCCUCCGCGCCAACAACCCUCCGUCUCUUGGCUACCGUUUCGCCCGUAAACAAUGUAGUAGUAGCAGCAUAAUCACGUGCAAAGCGACAGAAGUGUCUUCUCUGAGCGAAGAAUCAGCGGCGUCGAGCGGUGGUGGUGUUCAGAACUGGGUGCCGGUGGUGCCGCUGGCAGCGCUGCCCAAGGGAGAGCGGCGCGUGAUCAUUCAAGACGGGGAGACAAUACUGUUGCUUUGGUAUAAGGAUGAGAUUUUCGCUAUUGAGAAUCGUUCGCCUGCUGAAGGAGCUUACACUGAAGGCUUGCUCAACGCCAAGCUCACCCAGGAUGGUUGUAUAGUUUGUCCAACAACUGAUAGCACAUUUGAUCUUCGGACUGGAGCCAUCAAGGAAUGGUAUCCAAAAAACCCGGUGCUGCGAGUCCUUACACCUGCUUUGAGGACAUUGUAUAUCUACCCUGUAAAAACAGAUGAAGAAAACAUUUUAAUCAGCAUGAGAGGCAGUGCAAAAGCUGAUGCAGCUGCAGAGAUUGUCUUUAGUGGGAGAGCUCAACCUGGUGUAACGGCUACCGAUGUCAAUGUGGAUGAGGUGAGAAUGGUAGUUGAUGAGAACUCAGAGGGGUUUGGUUUCACGGGAAAGAAUGAAAUUAUAAAUGGGAAGGCAGCUAUCAUCGGUUUCCUGCUGUUGCUGGAUUUCGAGCUCCUAACCGGUAAAGGUCUUUUGAAAGGAACGGGCUUCUUGGACUUCAUAUAUGCUGCUUCAAAUGCCUUCAACUAGAAUUACAAUUACCAUUUCAUUCACAAGGGGGAUAUCUUCUCUUCCUAUUCUCACUAAAUUGUCAUGUAUAAUCACUUGAAUUCUCUGGAUAUUUGCCUAGAAAUUUGACGACAUUGAUUGUU